AUGGGACGUCCCGACGGUCCCCGCGACCCCAUCGCCGGCCCCGACGCACCCCAACCACCCUUCCCCCUCAAGCUACGCGGCCCGGUAAUCAAAGGCUUCGGACGCGGCAGUAAAGAACUCGGCAUCCCCACGGCCAACAUCCCCCUCUCAGGCCUCUCAAUCGGCGGCAACGAGGACCUCGACUCAGGCAUCUACUACGGCUGGUGCACCCUCGAUCCCUCGACCAUCCCUCCUCCCUCUUCUUCUUCGCCCUCGUCGUCCACCUCCAACACAACACGCUCGGACACCACUUCGACAGACCCACCCCCCUCAACAUCCUCCAACCACGCCGUCCUCGACCUAAACUACCCCACCGACCCCGCCCCUUCCCCCCAAACAAUCUACCCCACCGUCCUCUCCGUCGGAUACAACCCCUACUACAAAAACUCGAAGCGCAGCAUCGAAAUCCACAUCCUGCACAAUUUCGAGCGCGACUUUUAUGGCGCCACGCUGAGCUUGGUUAUUCUUGGGUUUAUACGGCCAGAGUAUGAUUAUGUGAGCUUGGAGGCGCUGGUGGAGGAUAUCAGGGAGGAUAUUAGGGUGGCGAAGAGGAGUUUGGAGCGCGAAAAAUAUUUGGAGUGGAAGGGGGAUGAGUGGUUGAAGGGGAAAGGCGAGGGGGGUGAGGUGAUGGGGAAUGGGGAUGAGAGGGUGGAGCAGGCGGGGCAGAAAGAUGAGGUUGUGAAGAGUGAGAUGAUGAAUUGA